UUAUAAUUCAUGUCAUGAUUUUGACCACAUGUGUUUGUUUAUUAAGAUGAAAGUAACUCAUAAUAUACUUAGCUGUUAUUAUAAUUUUUAUAUUUUUUAAUAUCAGAACUAUGAUAUGUAUAUAUACAAUUAAUAGAGAUAAGCACAACAAAUUGUAUUUUCAUCAAUUAACAUUAUAACCUAAGUAAAUAUGAUCCAAAAUUUUUAACAUUUUAAUAAAGGGAUGGAUGUAAGGAUUUUAAAAGCAAUAUUGUGCAGUUGUGAGAGUGUCACAAAAGAUUUUGAAAAGUCAAAGGAUUUUCAAAAAUUAGUACAAGAUCAGAAGUUUUUACCAACAUGUAAUGAUAUAUUUGAUGCAGUGUGUGUAUCAUUAACAAAAUUACUCUCUUACAAAGUUUCAAAGGAAGCAUAUCAACGUUAUACUGUCCGUCUUCAUGUAAUUAGUGCUUUAAGAGACUGGUGCAGAAUUAAUGAAGCUCUCCAAAAUUUUAGACUAUUCACAGAUCAAAAACAAACAAUAACAUUCCUCCAAAAUUUGUUAGAAAAAUAUAUAACAGAUGAUGUCUUAGAUACAUGUGAUUCAAGGAAUGAUUUAGUAUCACUCACUAGUGCUUUAAUGUGCUUAACAUCCACAAAUUCGUAUUAUAAGUGUCAUUUGGAAAAAUUACUUCUAAAACUCGUAGAAUUGGAACCCUGUGAUCAAAGUGAUUAUUUGUUAUGUUAUGCAGUGCGAAAAGAUUCUAACUUGAAUCUUGAUCUCUCAACAAUAGAAAGUAUAUUUAAUUCUCAAAGAUGUAAAUUAAUAGAACAACCAUUAUUAAAUGAUUUCAUGUCAUCAUGUAUAGAUAUAAAUAAAGAUGAUGUGAAUCAUUCAGAGAGUGUCACUUUGUUGGAUCAACUGUAUGAAUGGGUCAGCAAAUCUUCAUGUAUUUUUUUGUUGGUAUGUGCUUUCUUAAAAGAAUUAUUUAUACAAUUAGAUAAUGCUCCUACAGUUAUAACUUUUAUACAAUCAGUUUUGAGCCGUAUCAAAGAUCGCUGUAAAAGCCAAGACAUUCUAGAUCUAUAUCCAAGAAAUUUACAGUCCACUAUAAUGUUACUGCAGAUACAACCUGAAUAUCAUACGACUGAUUCGAAAAGUUCAACUUUAAGAAUAUUGGGAAAUAUUUAUUUUGAGGAUAAACAUAGCGCAAUAAUUUUACUUUUACAUUUUCCCCAAUGGUUAAAAUUAUUUGGAGAGCAACUUUUAAACUUACAUAAUAAUUGAUAAAACUUUGUACAUGUGAUAAGUUAAUGUAUAUCAGAAAUAAUUGUAUCAACAUGUUAGUUUCAUGUUUUUAAGUAUAAUUUAU